CCCAAGCAACACACUACCCGUCGGCGGCCGUCGGAGUCCCACCACCAUCCUCUCCCCGCCGCGGCAGCCACCUCACCUGAAGAAGGCGCGGCGGUGCUGGUCGCCGCUUCCCCUGGGGAACGAGCUCCUGCGGAGUUUGGUCAGGAUAUGGGAGGUGGGAGCUGCAGCGUCUGCAAGGAGGCGCCGUCAAAGUACAAGUGCCCCUCCUGCCGCACGCCCUACUGCUCUGUCACAUGCUUUAAAAAGCACAAAGAGGAAUCAUGCCAAAAGACAUUGGUUCAGGACGAAAAUAGCAAGUCACCGCUGCAGGAGGAAGUUACACGGAGCUCUGGGUUGGUGGAAGAUGGAACAAAGUGCCCUAAUGACAAGGAUCAACAUCCCUCUUUAUCACCAAACACCACAUGCCCUGCAAAAUCUCCAAAUACUGUAUGCCCUAUAAAAGCUCUUGAAGUUGAGGACCCAAGCUGGCUUGUUGACAACAAUAGACUAAGGUCUUUAGCGGAAGUGAAAGAGAUCCGAGAUGCUUUGAGGGAUCCUGAACUGCAGAAAAUGAUACUUAAAAUUGAUGGGUCUUCGGAACCAGAAAAGGAAUUGGAGAAAGUGAUGGAAGGUCAAGCUUUUCGCCAGUUCACCGAUAAGAUUCUCGACAUUGUCAGUCCACAAGAAUGAUCGCCUAUCCUGUUUGGUGGAACCCCAACGCCGGAGAAAAUAGAGGCAUCCAGGCAAACAAGGGAAGGCAGAGCACCUCAUCGCUGUUUUUAAUUUCCAGGAUGGGGUUACCUAGUGAAUGGAAUUUAUGGUUACUGCAAGAAAACUCAGUUACCAAAGAAAUUUCCUAGUUGGUAGCAUCCUACAUUUCGGUUCAGCGACCUGUCCAAGCUCUAUGUUAGUGUCGUAUAGACAGCGACUCUAUACUAUACUGACUCUGUGGAGAGGAUGCUGGGAAGAAAAAUAAUGGGCGGAUGCUUCCACUGACCUCCGUAUUUCUCCUUCAUGCUCUUUGACAGAUGUGAGCUAAGUUGAACGUCAAUGCCUGCGAAAA